AUGUCUCUUCAGUACCUCCCCGCUGUUAAGCCUUCCGCCAUCGCCCUCGGCACCGUCUUCAACCACACCUUCGAGCUCGGCGUCCUCUCCCCCCUCUUCGGCAAGACCUGGCAAAAGGCCAAGUCUGCCAACACCAAGGAGGAGUUCCUCAAGUCUCGGGAAGCCUCUUCUGCCGCCGCUGCCUGGGGUUCCGCCCUCGUCGGCUCUGCCCUCCAGUCCUACGGUGUCGGUGCCCUGAUCAACGCCACAGGCACUCUCUCCUACAAGGGCGCCGCCUACCUCGGUGCUCUCAUCUUCGCCGCCACCAGCGCCCCCGGCUUUAUCUCCCAGCUUGUCGUCGAGCACCGCGCCUUUGACCAGGUUGGCCUCAAUGUGCUCGCUAAGCUCUUCGAGACUGUCGGUCUUUCCGUCUUCCUUUCUUGGUGGGGCACCCGCACUAUCCCCUUCGGCUCCGGUGGCACCCCAUUGAGCCGUAACUCUUUCCGGGCGGAGUAA